AUGCUCCCCCGUACACUCCCAGGCCUGCUAUCGCGCCGCCUCUUCUCCGUCUCGACCAGAAUGGCUUCUAAAACACCCAUGGAGGAUGUCAUGCGCGACAAGCUUACGCACGCCUUCACCCCGUCCACCCUCACCAUCCGCAACGACUCACAUCUACACGCCCACCACGUCGCGAUGGAAGGAUCUACCUCGAAGGAAACACACUUCCACGUGACGAUUGUCUCCGACGCCUUCGAAUCGAAAAUGCAACCCGCCCGCCACCGGAUGGUGUACGCUUUGUUGAAGGAGGAAAUGGCGAAGGAAGGGGGUAUUCAUGCUUUGCAGUUGAAGACGAAGACGCCGGCGGAGGAGCUGCGGGAGAAGGAGAGGAAGGCGUGA